GUUACUCACACACCUCUCUUUUGAGGUGUGUGAGGUGGAAUGAUGAGAGAGAUAGGAAGAAAAGAAAAAGUAAGGGAGAGAAAGUAUGAGAUGUGAUAGAUGGUAAGAGGAGAGAGAUAGAAACAAAAAGAGGUGAAAAUGAAGUGUUUUAAAAAUGAAGUGUGUAUAUAUCAUUACUCCCUUAUAUAUACCCAUCUUCCUCCACCUUCACCUCCUAUUCCUUUCAUCUUUCACCUCCCUUUCUUUCUGGCUUUAUCUGGAAAAGAAAAACCAAACCUCUCAAUCUCACUAUUCACCAACACUACAUGUCUACCAGCAGUGGCAAUCAUGGGAAGGAUCUGGAACAAGGAUCAUCAUCACUAGAUCAUUAUCAUCACCAGCACCAGCAGCAACAGCAGAGCGAACCCAUCCCGCUUAGCCGCUAUGAAUCUCAGAAGAGAAGGGACUGGAACACAUUCGGUCAGUACCUGAAAAACCAGAGACCUCCAGUCCCACUCUCCGAGUGCAACUGCAACCACGUCUUGGAUUUCCUCCGUUACCUUGACCAGUUCGGGAAGACCAAGGUUCACCUGCAAGGUUGCAUGUUCUACGGGCAGCCCGAACCCCCCGCGCGGUGCCCGUGCCCGUUGAGACAGGCUUGGGGGAGCCUUGAUGCUCUCAUAGGGAGGCUCAGAGCUGCUUAUGAGGAAAACGGUGGGUCCCAAGAUGCUAACCCUUUUGCAAGUGGUUCCAUUCGUGUGUACCUUAGGGAGGUUAGAGAGAGCCAGGCGAAAGCGAGGGGUAUUCCUUACAGGAAGAAAAAGAAGAACAUGGAUCAAAGCAACAAGGGGAUUGGUGAAGAAUCCAGCUCAAACAUGCACUUCUCCUGAAUAUUUCAGCUCUUGGCCUAGGUGUGGCAUAUAUAUAAACUAAAUUGUAGGAGUUCUUACCUACAACACAAUCUAUGGAAGGUUUGGUUCCUAUAGUCGGUAAUUUGAUGGCAUCCUAGUGCUAUUAAACUUUCUGUUUUUUUGUUAAUAACUACUUGAGAAUUUGUAUGCUGUUAGUAAAACCAAAAGCUCAUGAUAAAUCGUCAGUUAUAUAUGCAUCAAUGUAUCUUAGUUAUAUAUAAUUGGGGAAAACUUACCUACAGUACCAUACAUGCAGUUGGUACUGUUCACCAAUUAAAAUCAAACACCUGUACAUGGGUUUA